AUGCAGACUGCUUCUACAAACAUUUGUGAAAGACUGUGCAAUAAGUCCAUCCGUGAAAUUUCCCUGCUACUAAAUAUUCCACGGUCAACUGUUAGUGGUAUUAUAACAAAGGGGAAGCAACUGGGAACAACAGCAACUCAGCCACAAAGUGGUAGGCCAUGUAAAAUGACAGCACAAGCUGAAGCGCACAGCGCGCAGAAGUUGCCAGUUGUCUGCAGAGUCAAUAGCUAAAGACCACCGAACUUUAUGUGGCCUUCAGAUGAGCACAACAACAGUGCAGAGAGAGUUUCAUGGAAUGGGUUUCCAUGACUGAGCAGCUGCAUCCAAGCCUUACAUCACCAAGUGCAAUGCAAAGCAUUAGAUAGUGGU